CAGCUUUAGCGGUGUCCCUCGCAUAAGGGAGCCAAGACCAUCUGCAGCUAGUGGCUCUGAUGCAUAUAGCGCCCCCUUCAACGGAUCCCACCGGGUGGCCAGGCCAGAUGCAGGCCGCGAGCCGCGACCGGGCGGCUCAGCUGCCUCAGCCCUCCCCUCGCCCUCGUCGAUUAGCUUUGUCAAUUCUCCUUCAGUCAACAACGACGGCAGCACCACCUACCGUGUCACUACCACCGGUCGCGCCUUCCCAUCCACCCUAGCCACCACCAUCAACAGUCCGGUUUCUACCACAUCCAGCUGCCCCAUCCGGCCCGGCUCACUACCGGGCCAAACCUCAAGCGGGUCCUUACCUUCCGCCUCCUAUGCGGAAUCUCCGGGAUCCCUUACCAGCAGAAUCUCCUCGGGACUGGCUGCCGGGGCGCCGGCUGCCGCUGGCAGCCAAGUCCUCCUUAGCGGCACUUCGCUCGCGCAGCUAGCCAUCAGCUCCUGUACCUCCGCAGAACAGCAGCUUCGGGAGCUGCUAGAGGAUCGCCCUGUUCAGUCAUCCUACGCCCCGUCACCGGUGGCGGUGGCGCCGACAAAUUCCGCGCCGCUGCCGCAGCUUGCCGCCACCAUGGCGGCCGCGACUACGGCGUCGUCGUCAAUGUCAUCCAUGCCGCCGCCGCUGACGUCGCGCCGGGUGCCCGCGGCUUCAGUAAUGGGAUCCGCGGCCUUGACGGCUUCGUCGCCGCAGCUGCCGUUUCCUCUGACUGGCUUGGGUGUGCCGGGACGCACGGAUGCGCAGCGCUUCGCAGUCUCGGCCUGCUCCUCCCCAGUCACGUCGCCGGUGCCGCCACGGUACGACAGCUCAGCUGCCGGUGGCGGCGGUGGCGGGCUGCUUGCAGCAUUGCUGGACCACCGGCAGACGCUGCCGCCAACGCACCCCUCUGCCGCCCCGGCCGUCUCACGGGCUGACCGUGUGACGCGCUUUGCAGUGCCCAGCACGGAGACCGGAGGCGGCGGCGGCGGGGCACAAGCCGUGGGCCCGCACGGGUAUGGGGAGGGGACUUCCCAGAGGAAUAGCGGCGGCGGCGGAGGCAGCCGAGAUCCGCCGCUGGCGCCGCACGCUGCUUCCACUGUGGAACAGCAGCAGCUGCCGGAGGGACCGACGGCUGCGGCGGCAACAGCAGCAGGUCAACAUCAAGAACAGCUGCCGUCGCCACCAGCACCACCACCACAGCAGCAGCAAGAUCAGGAGGAGAAUCAUGAAACCGAACAGGGCAAACAGAAGCGUGCAGGCGUUCUGUGGGCUUCGAUCAGCUCAACAACCGGAAGGGAGUCCGCGGAUGGAGAUCCCCACAAUCAACACAAUCAUCACCACCACCCUUAUCAGCAGCCGCCGGCAGCCGCGCCGGCGGUCACUGCCGCCGCAAUGCGAGCCGUGACGGAGCUGAAGGACAUGGACGAGUUUAGCCUCGUAGCUGCGGUACGGCAGCGGCAGCAGCAGCUGGCGCAGCGGACCCAGGCCGCCUCCGUGGCGGCGGCCAACUCCAGUAAGCACCAUCCGCAUGGCCAGCCCUCCGUGAAGAGAUUUGCCAGUAUGGUGGGCAACCGCUCCGUGCAUCAGCAGGGCCAACAGCAGAGCCAGGAGCAGCUGCGCAAGUCCCUGGGAGACACUUCGUCGCUCUUGGGGGCUCUGGGCAUGGUCAUGGGCGGCCAUGCGGGCUCGCACCAGCACCAGCACGGCGCGUCCCUGCCGCAGCUGCCGGCCGGAUCGACGCGCCCGAGUAUUACGCUGGCGGAGGGGGGAUCCCUGGACGCUGCUGCGUUGGCGAGCGGCGAUGGCGGCGGUGGCAUGGGCGAUAUGAGCACGGCAUCCCCCAGACGUCCGUCGCUGACAUCCGUCGCGGUUCUGCAGCAGGGGGCCGAGCAUGGCGGCGACGGCAGCGGGAGCGGGUCGUUCUUGCCGGCAGUGAUGAUGUCGCCGCGGCAUUCGACAGCUGCUGCGCCAAACGCCGGCCACGGGCCCGUGUUCAGCAGCGGCAGUAGCAGCGUGCGUAUCUUGUCGACAUCUGUCAGUGCGGUGUCGGCGUCGGCAGCAGCGUCGGCAGCUGCCGCCAUCGCUGCCGCCAGCCGCGGCAGCGGUAGCGCGCCGACGGGACUGAGCAGUCCACAGCAUUCGGGAGGGGAGCUUGUGGCGGGUCCGACGUCUGGCAGUAGCAACGGCAGCAAUGGUACGGCAGGCGGGAUAUACGUGACGGCGGCGGGGCCGGCGGCGGCGGAGACGGCAGAGGCGGCUGUACGGGCGCUGGCAGCGCGGUUUGGAUCUGCCGUACUUCCGGACGCGCGAAUUCCGUGGGAUCAGGACGAACGGGACCCGGCAAUGCGGGAUCGUCGGAAAAAACUUUUUGAGGCGCUUCAGGCCGCCAACCCCGCUGCCUACCACGAGGAGGCGGCCGAGGCGGCUGAGGCCGCCUACCGCGCCUUGUCUGAGAGGGCCCAGCUGAGGUUCCGGAAGCUCCUGGAGGAGCCCACCACACAGGAGGCCCCGCUGCGGCAACUGGAGGGCGCGUUGAGGGAGCUAACCAGCCAGCGGCCGUUCUUCCUGCCGCCAGUCAUUGUGAAACCCAAGGUGGAGCGUACCUUUGUUGAGCUGGACGCCACCCGCUUUAAGGAGUCGUCGUGGAAUGUGGACGACUCGCUGUUUGCACAGCGCAAAAAGGAGUGCGAAUCGCAUGAGUUGUACGACACGGACAAGGUUCGUUUGCAGCAAUUGAACGUCGACUGGCGCCGGGUGGUGUCUAAGACCCGGUUCAGGAGACUGGUCCUGAAGACAGACCUGGGGGUGAAGGAGGAUGGUCAGCGGCUGGACGAGGAGCUGGGUGAGGUUCGUGAGGAGCUGCAGCGGCAGUCGGACCUCAUCCCCUCCUCGGAGGCCCUCCAGCUGAGUCCCAGUGCCUGGAUGGCCUUCUGCCAUGAUGCGGGAAUUGUGGGGAAGGGAUGCACGGGAAUGGAUGUGCAGAACAUCUUCGUGGCGGUCAAUUUCGAGGAGGAGUCCGAGACGGAGGAGUCCGCUGCCAAUGAUGACGACGCCAUGGUCCGAUUUGAAUUCAUGGAGGGCCUUAUCAGGGUGGCAUUUGCCAAGUUCAUCAGUACGAAGCGUAUGACUGACGCCAGUGACGCGAUAGGGGCCUUAUUGGAGGGGGUGGCGGCCUCACCCGGAAUACCCCCGGAGGCGAGGGUUGACCCCAACGAGUGGAGACGUGUCCGGUUCUACACGGCCGAGGUGGAGGAGGUGAUCAAGGAGUACUGGGACCUGCUGGGAGGCAUCUUCAAACUGUAUAAGGCCCGGGACAGGGCUCGUUAUUUUUGGCCGGAGCACUUCUUCUCCUUCUUGGAGUCCAACCAGUUGUUGGGCGCCGCCACCGGACUCAGCCGCAAGGACGCCAAACUGAUAUUCGCGUGGAGCCAGGCGCUGGUGACGGAUGAGCUGCGGCGGCGUCAGAGGGCCGUGUCGCUGACCCUGUGGGACUUCAUUGAGGCUGUGAGUCGUGUGGCGGACGCCAUCUCACCCCCCGAUUCCCAGGACAUGGUGCAAUAUUUCCUUGAGGAGGAGGAGGACCCGCCCGAGACGGAUCGGCUGGUGUACGAGUACUACAGAUCGGUGGGCGAGGCGGGUCCGCUCCUCCGCCGGCCCUCAGCGGGCUUGCUGUCCGCCCCCACCCGGCCCCUGGCGCCCAAGCUCCGGAACCUGCUGCAGUACCUGGUGUGCACCUUGCGGGAGGCGUGGGGGGGGCACGACGUGAAGGAGGUGGCGGGCAAGGUGAUGAGGACGGCCACCUUCCUGUCGGGGGGGAUUGAAAUGGGGUGCGGCGUUUGUUCGCUGUCCUGA